CGUUUCAACCGACGGACGUGGUUGUGUUUCUGACCAAUGGAUGCAGCCCAUGGGUGGUUACCGCGGUUACGGUUGCUGAGUGGAGAGGUCAUGACCCCAGGCCUAUUACCCCCUCAGUGGCCUAUGGGCAGGCUGUGUGUUGGAGCGGGGUUUUGUUUAUCAUGACGCUGUGUUUUCCUCAGAGACCCGUGAUCGGCGAGCGAGCGACCUGAAGCCGUCUGACGGGUCCGGAGUUAAGAGCAGCCAAGUUUUAUCGGAGCCAUGGCGAGUCCCCAGGUUGACGAGAGGACUCCCCUGCUGCCGGACAGCCGCUUCACGCCGGCCGCUUCUGCCUUCCAGGGCCGGCGGCUGGCCUGCGCCGCCGUCUUGGUCACCGAGUCCCUGGAAAGGGUGGCGUUUUACGGCAUCACCUGCGGCCUCGUGCUUUUCCUCAACAGCGAGCCGUACGAUUGGCUGGGACCGCAGUCGGGUCAGACUCUGCUGCUUUUCAUGGGCAUCACUUACUUCAUCUCUCCCUUCGGGGGUUGGCUGGCCGACGCCUGUUUGGGCAGGUUCCCCACCAUCCUCCUGAGUAUGAUCCUCUAUCUGGUCGGAAUGAUGCUUUUCCCCUUCAUUGCGUGGGAUCGGACUCGCCGCCGCCUCUGUGGAGAGCUGGAGUUCUAUCCUAUUGUGGACCCCCAGUGUUUCCACAACAGCUCCCGUGCUUGCUCACUUGGCAGAAAUAGUUAUUGCACACCGGCCAUCUAUUCGGGACUGGUGCUUGUCGCCCUUGGUGUAGGAUCUGUGAAAGCGAAUAUCACUCCUUUUGGUGCUGAUCAGGUGAAAGACAGAGGUCCUGAAGCUACACGCCGUUUUUUCAACUGGUUCUAUUGGUCGAUUAAUCUGGGUGCUAUUGUCUCAUUGGGCGGCAUAUCAUAUAUUCAACAAAAUUGUAGUUUUCUUCUUGGAUACGUUAUCCCAACAGUUUGUAUGGGAAUCUCUUUGCUGGUCUUUGUAUGUGGCAAAUCAGUCUUUAUCUCAAAGCCACCUGAUGGCAGUUCCUUCUCAGACCUGUUCAAGAUUCUUUUUUAUUCCUGCUUUUCAAGGAAAGCCAAUAGUGAAGAAACUACCAGUCAAAGCAAUGGAAUUUACCCACCACCUAUUCAGCCAGGCUUUCUGGAUCUUGCCAAGACUGUCCAUGGUGGGCGAUUUCAAGAUAACAAAGUGGAAGAUGUGAAGUCCUUUGUCAAAAUUAUCCCAGUUUUCCUGGCACUUAUUCCUUACUGGACAGUUUACUUUCAGAUGCAAACUACGUAUGUUCUGCAGAGUCUGCAUCUACGGAUCCCAACAUUUUUCGACAGCCAUAAUAGCAGCAAUACUAGCAAUUCAUUUGUAAGCUGUAAUCAUCACAUGCUUCCAGCAGCAUGGUUCACCAUGUUUGAUGCAGUACUUAUUCUGGUGCUUAUCCCAGUGAAAGACAAAGUUGUAGAUCCUAUCUUAAAGAAGAAAGGCCUGCUUCCUUCGUCUUUGAAGAGAAUUGCUGUUGGCAUGUUUUUUGUCAUGUGCUCUGCAGUAGCUGCUGGAAUUCUGGAAGAUCAACGCUUAAAUAGUCUACAGAAUGGUACUAUUGAGCAACAGAUUGGGAAUGUGUGGUACAAUGCUGCGCCGUUAUCGAUAUGGUGGCAAAUUCCACAAUAUGUAAUGAUUGGGGUCAGUGAAAUAUUCGCAAGCAUAGCAGGUCUGGAGUUUGCUUACUCAGCUGCCCCCAAGUCAAUGCAAAGUGCUAUCAUGGGCCUAUUCUUCUUUUUUACUGGAGUUGGUUCCUUUGUUGGGUCAGGGCUUUUAGCCCUAGUAUCUGUUGAUUGGAUUGGAUGGAUGAACUGCAAGAGUGAUUUUGGUUGCGACUGUGUGAACAAUUCUGGUGGCAGCCAUAGCAACAGGAGAAGGCCAAUCAGCCCCUCAAACCUGUUCCACCAGCCACACCAGAAGUUAUUUUGACUCUUCCAUAAGAGG